UACAUAUCUGCCCAAUUGCCUGACCCAGACAGAGAGCCUGAACUUCACAAGAAAGUAUCAGAAGUACAAAAACACAGUCGAAACCAUACCCGCACGUGCUUUAAGAGUGUGAACUCUGGCUGUAGAUUCGGUUUUCCUAAACCACCCUGCAGAAGGACAAUGAUCUCUAGACCUGCAGAAAACCAGGACACUGAAGCAAUAAAAGAUAAACUCAGACCUGUGAUGGAGCUGUUAAAUGAACCUGAAGCAGCAUCAAUGACUUUGCAGCAAAUUCUGUCUCGAUGUAACUUGACAAUGGAGGAGUAUGAACAAUGUCUUCAAUGCAUGAACAAAAAAACUGCAAUCAUAAUGAAACGUGACCCUCAGUCCUGUUUAAUUAAUAAUUACAAUCCAGUUUUAUUAGAAUCUUGGAAUUCAAAUUUGGAUGUCUCUUUUGUCCUAAAUUCUUACAGCUGCAUCGAAUAUCUCAGAAAAUAUAUCACAAAACAGGAAAGUGGACUUUCAGAAUACCUUAAAACAGUCAUGGAUAAUGCGAACGUUGACCAGGUCAAUGAGUGUGAUGAGAUGAAAGCUGUCAUGC